AUGGAGAACUUCAGGAUGGACGACGACGACGAGUUGUUCCACCGCUACGACCCUGAGGUGCUGGCCGCCAACGGCAUCGAGUACCCCCCCGACGAUACUAGGAUGCGCAUGAAGUGGUGGGCUUUUCUGAUGCAAGUAGAGGGUAAUUUGAGACCUACAAAUAUGUCGGUACCUUCGGCAAAGAUCAUCAGGUACCCAGAUCAAAUGGAGAAGGCAUGGGGAUGGUGGAGGCUGCUGCCCAUCUAUCAGGGCCUCGGUUCGGACAUGCCCCUCUACCGGGAGUACCUCUGCGAGUACUACCUCCGCAAUCCUCCUGAAUCUGUCGAUGACUCUGCCUGUACCAGGCACAAGUUUGUGGUCCGAUCUGCAUGGACAAAUGAGAAUGGCCGUCUCAUUCCUCUCGCCCGCAAGUGCCUGGAGAUGGAGGCCAAGUUCAUCGGUCUGUGUGAGAGGAACAAGAUAAAAUUAACUGACACUGAGACUGCCCUGAGCCACAAAAUCAAGCAGCAUGCGCAGGACAUAGUUGAUGGAGCGUGUGAAUAUGCUGGUGCAUAUGCUGCCGCUGCUGCUUUGGUGUGUAUCUGCAAAGAGGCUGAGUUGAUGUGCGAGAGGGCUAUGUGCGGGAGAUACAACUCUGGUAACUUGACUUGCAUGCUCUGCAAUCAGCUCAGAGAGCAUGCCAUCAGUCUUAUGUUGUACAAAGGGUCUGGAUCCAUCGCCGCCGCUGCUGGUGCCGCCAUGGUGGGCGCUGCAAAGGAGGCCAAGCUGUUACGUGAGAAUCUGAGCAAUCUAAGCUGUGAUGAAGAAAUGUCUGUUUCCAUUCGGGAGGAAGCCUGUUGCAUUCUGCAGGACAUGCACACUGAAGCUUUUGGUGCUAAUGGGAAGAACAACAUUGCUGCUGCUGCUGCUGCUGGAGCAGAUAUAUCUACUAGGCACGGAUCAGCACUGUUGGGAAUUUGA